ACAAGAAUUCCAAUCACAUAACUGGAACACGCGUCAGACUCCCAAGAGCCACAGCACAUACAGUCCCACACUCACUCUCCCCCCCCUCUCUCUCUCUCUAUCUCUCUCUCUGUCUCGCCGAAACACGUCCUCAGAAACCCUUGCAUCUUCUUUUUCUCGAGCUUUCUCUCUCUCUGGAUGUAUAUGCAGAGCGCAUUUAUCUCUAUGUACAAACACACAUACCCAAGCCCUAGAGGGAGAGUCUACUGGCGUUAGAGAGAUAGACAGUGUCGGUGGUGGAACCGAAUCUCUCUUUCUCUCUCUCUCUCUCUCGAACUCUGUGUGUAUCCACAAAUGCCCGAGAUACAGCCGUCAGUAGAGAAUCAGCUAAACGGCGUCGGAGCUGUGGCCGUGGUUUCUUCCGAGGCCUUCGGAUCGAAGCGCCAGCGGAGGCCCAGUGUCCGUUUGGGCGACAUCGGUGGCGACCAGCCGUACGAGUCGCACGUGCGGAGGAGCACCACCACCGCAGGCACCACCAACAACAACAGCAACAAGCAGUGGAAACUGACGAUGAAGGACCCAAACAACAACAACAACUCCAGUAUUGGCUCAGGUAAAGCCUCUAAGAUUCGACCUUUGUUUCGUUUGAGCUCUGCUGAAACCCUAGACGGUGAGGACAAAGAGGGAAACUUAGAUAGUGUUGCAAUUGGGAGCUGGAAGGUAAAGGAUUCUAAGAAGAGAGCCUCCGCGCCUAAAAGGGUUCGAUCCAAUUGGGUUUCCAGGGUUGAUGAUGGUGGUGGUGGUGUUGUUGUUGGUGGUGAAGGGGAUGACAAAUAUAGCGGCGGUGAGGAUAUCGAUGAUGGCUAUCGAGAUUUUGAUGCCGAAAACUCGGAAAGUCCAUCGAAAGAGCAUAGCCCGAUUCAUUCCCUUGAGAAUAUGGGUGUGGACUUGGAUGGGCAUGGAAAUGAGAGAGAGCUGAUUUAUAGAAGACCCAUUAGGGGUAGGGGAGUGGUUUCCGAGGGCCCCCAUGAUGGGGUGGAGUUAUCAGGGCCGUCAGAUACGGAUUGGAAGUGUGGGACGAGUGGUGGUGAUAGGCAUGGGAAUGGGAGUGGAAGAGAAGAUGCGGUGAGGAUUUGGCUCAACGGCUUAGGGUUAGGUCGGUAUGCGCCGGUGUUCGAAAUUCACGAGGUUGACGAUGAGGUUUUGCCCAUGUUGACAUUAGAGGAUCUCAAGGAUAUGGGAAUCAAUGCGGUCGGGUCUAGAAGAAAAAUGUAUUGCGCAAUUCAAAAGCUUGGAAAGGGGUUUUCCUGAGUUUCUUUUUCUUUCUGCGUGUGUGUAUUGGGGUGAAUGUAGGAAAAUUCUCAGCCAUGGCAAUGUAAGAUUACAUCUGAACCAUUUCAAGCCUUUUAGCUUCUUUCCUCUUGACUCUUGAGAGAUAGUAUGAUUAGGUUGUUUAGUGUUUCUUGUUUGCACUAUCAGCCUUUUUAAUCAAGUGCAAUUUUCUGGUA